AUGGGACAAGUUCUUCGCGUUCUUACAACUGGGUCUGAAAUAUGGCCGCCCCAAGCUAAGUUUUUACCUGAGAACAUGCCAGAUCUCACCGACAAAGUCAUUAUCGUUACGGGCGGCAACGCUGGUAUCGGGUUCGUUGCUUGCAAAUACCUUCUGCUCAAAGGUGCGACUGUAUAUCUGGCAUGUCGGUCACAAAAAAAGGCAGAAGAGGCGAUUGCGAAGCUGAAGGUGCUCACCCGGAGUGACAAGGCCCACUUCAUUCAAUGCAAUCUUGCCGACCUGCCAAGCAUCAAGAAAUGUGCUGAGGAGUUCAUGAAGAAGGAAAGCCAGCUGCAUAUUCUCUUCAACUCGGCAGGUGUCAUGGUGUGCCCUGUCGAUCAACUUACAAAGCAAGGAUAUGACAUGCAGUUCGGGACUAACGUUCUCGGUCAUGCUUACUUGACCAUGCUGUUGAUUCCGACCUUGAUUGCCACUGCGAAGGCUUGCCCAGAGGGCACCGUCCGCGUAGUGACCACCAGCUCCAAUCUGCACCUCGGUGCCCCGACGGGAGGGUUCGACUACCGCACACUCAAAGAUAGCGAGUACCGCACAAAGCAGCUCACACCUAUGAUCGCCUAUUCUGGUUCAAAGUGGGGCAACGUCCUCUUCGCAAACGAACUCGCGCGGCGAUACGGGCAAUAUGGCAUCAUCUCUAGCUCGCUUAAUCCGGGUCUUAUCCGGACAGAGUUGUUCCGGUAUGCGGAGGGCAUUGGCGCUUGGGCCGCUUACGCCUUCGGCAUGGAGGUCGACCCCCUAGGCGCAGUGACGAUGUUGUACGCAGGAACCGCACCGGAAGUGGCGGAACAAAACGGCGGGUACUACGUUCCUUGGGCGCGCAAGUCCACCCCUCGUGCAGAUACAAAAGAUGAAGCCGCAGGGAAAAGACUCUGGGAGUAUAUCGAGGGCGAGGUGAAGGGCUUGUGA